AUGGAGACGAAAACUGCAAAAAAAUCCUACCAAUACAGCCGAAGGGUCGCGUUCGUCGGCGUCGCCGUGUCGACGGUGGCGACAUUGGUGUGCGUGAUUACGGUACCAUUACUGUACAACUACAUGCAACACAUGCAGUCAUUGAUGCAAAGUGAAGUGGACUUCUGUAAAUCCCGGUCGUCUAACAUCUGGCGUGAAGUUACACUAUUUGUAACAAGUCCACUCAACAUUCUACAGUUUAUUCAUCUUCAGGUACUGUCAAGAGUAUCCGGAGCUCGCAGAGAUCGACGUCAAGCUGGGUACACCUCGUCUGCUGUUGAAGGGAACGUCGAAGCGAUUGGGCAAAACGUAUGUUGUGGAUGUGGUGUUUCUCCACAAGGACCUCCUGGAGCGCCAGGUCCUGAUGGUGAAAAUGGAAUCGAUGGACAGCCUGGACGGCCAGGAAAGAGCGGUCCUGAUGGGCCAAUCGGCACACCACAACCACGACAUGACUUUUGCUUUGAUUGUCCUGAAGGUCCACCUGGAGCUCCUGGUAACCCUGGACCUAAAGGACCACCUGGAGCUCCUGGAACUCCAGGAAAUCAUGCCGAUGGAGGGAACCGCGGUCCACCUGGUCCUCCCGGGCCUGCCGGUCCACCUGGAUUAGAUGGAGCGCCUGGAAAAGCCGGUCUACCCGGUCCACCUGGAAAACUCAACGAAGUACCUGGGCCAAGCGGACCACCAGGACCACCUGGAGCACCUGGAUUGCCCGGUCCUGACGGGCAGCCUGGAGAAAACGGACCCCCUGGAAAAGAUGGCUCGCCUGGACCGCCUGGUGAUGUCGGAGCACCAGGUGCUCCAGGUCAGUCUGGAGCAGAUGGGCUGGCUGGACCCAGUGGAGAUCGUGGUCAAAGCGGAGGAUGUGACCACUGCCCACCGCCUCGAACUGCUCCUGGAUAUUAA